AUGGAAACCCGACGGCUAGCAAAGAAACGAAGAAACAGUUCGAUUCGAACAUCACGGAGCUCGUCACCGGUUUCUCACCGAACAAGACAAGCCAUAGCUCCUAUAUCAGACCAUCCUGCACAUAACCUGCAAAGAUCAGCAAGCACUCCCAGGAAUUCUCGAAAGAGGGUUCGAUGUUCUGAUCCUGGUCCUCGAAUACAUCGCAGUGCUUGCUCAACUGGAUUAACCCCUGCUAUGCAGCGGACUUCUGUUAACGCACUCUCAAAGACUGCAGAGGUGUCACCGAGUUGCAAAGCGCGGCGACGCUCAGCACUAGCAAUGCGUUCCCGAGAGUCCUUUGACCCGGUAGAUCCAUUUACCCCAGCAUCCUCUGAACGAGUGAUGCAGUUCACCCCGCUACGACAGAUUCUGGAUCAGCGAACUCAACGAAGAAUUCGUCGAAUCGGGUUGAGUGGCGAGAUUAAUGAUAUCGAGCGUGAGAAGCGCGAGGCGAGAAGCUACGUUAAGAAUGUAGAAAUUUUGCGUCAAGAACGCGAUACUCUGCAACAAGAGUUAAAUGCAAUGAAACAACUGCGGGGCAACCUAGAACACCAGUCACAUUCCUACAGUUCCCAUUGGACAUCUCCUCUGCCCCAGUCUAGGCAUAUGGAGGAAGAAUCUACUUGGAUUCAAGAUGACGUUUCUGUGGGUUCUAUAAGCAACCUGGAUGGACCCGCUUUGUCAGUUGGUGAUGAUGAAGACACCUUCAUGAUCAAUGACAGUACCGUGGUGGCUUCCAGCUCACCUGAUUUCAGACCUAUACUGGAUUCCAAUCCGCCUAUUUCCGACAAUACGAGUCUAUGUGGUGAAACGGCUGUGGAUAAUGUCGAAGACACUGAAGUUCAGUCUCUGUCGCUUGAUCUGGAAGCCGCAAGAAAUGAAAAGACUGCCUUGUUCAAUGCCUGUCGGUCGCACAUGCCGGCAUUGGAGGAGUAUGGUUUGGGAGAAGUUCUUCGCCAAUCUUCACCGCCAGAUUUCUUCGAUAAUGUUGUCAAUAUCUUGACAACAGCUCUUUCUCGUGCCUCUGAUGCAACACAAGCUCUUGAAGGCAUCUACGAAGAGUGUUCGACUAUGGGCUUUUCGGGUGAAAAUGCGAAAGACAUAGUCGACAAUGUGCGAUGUGCCUUCCGCUCAGCACGCCUCGACCUCGAGCGAGCCAUUCCUAGUGAGACCAAUGGUGCUAGUCUUGAUAAUGGCAAAGCAACAUUAGGUGCUCUGGUGAAACGUGUCAAGGGUCUGGCAAGAGACCUUCGAAACGAGCGAAAGUUCCACUAUGGCUCGGUUGGUCGUGAAAAGGCUCUUCGAGGGCAAUUCGACAGUCUACUGCUACGAUAUGAGACAGCCGCAGAAAAGAUCGGCAAGCUUGAGGGCUCCAUUGCUGAUUCUGCAAGUGAUAUGCUCCACACUCGGAUCAAGUUGCAAGACCUCGAGAACGAAGACCUUCAGAAAAAUAUCGGAAUCGGGAGAUUGAACGCUGCCCUAGAUAAGUACCAUGAUGAUAUGAAGGGCCUUGAAGACCUAAUUGGCAAGUUGGAAGACAAGAACUUGGCCAUGAAGGAUAAAUAUACUCAGCAAAUUUCCACCAUGGAGGAGAAAUUGGCCAGCGAGCGGAGUCAACGAUCUGCAAUGGAGGUCUCCUCCGCCGCAAAUGAGAUCCGCGUUCAAGAGCUUGAGGCUAUUGUGACACAGAAUAAUACUCGCGCCAGCGAUCUCACUACACAUAUUGAAGCUCUCGAGAAGGAGCAUUCCAGGGCGGUUGAAUUACUCCAGAAAGAUACAAAUGAAAAAGUCCAGCGACACGAGCAAGAAGCCGGAACUCUGAAUGUGCGCAUCUCAGAGCUCACCACCACCCUUGAAACAGCCAGAUCGGAGACCCAGCGUAUUCGGUUCAUCAACGCUAGCCUUGAAGAACAAUUGCAGCUGGAAAUUGAUGCCCGCGAUGAGCUCCUGGAGAAGUGGGCUGCGGAGCAAGCGCGCUCAUUUGCCUACAUGAAGGAAACCGUGAACUCCGGGCGCCGUAGUGCCAAAGUGCGCGCAGCAAACUGGGAACUAAAAUCAGACGACCUGAUGUCCAAUGGUACCACUGUCAUGGGCAGUGAUCCCAUAACUCCCGUCAACACAGCCCGCUUCAUUGAUGUUGAGUUUGGCCGCGGCAAGAGUCGUCGCCGCUUUGAUAGCGGUAUUGGGAUCCUAUCAGAGGAUAUCUUGGAGGAUGAAGGAAGUUCGGAUCUUCCGCAUAUGGCAGAGACUCCAAUGUGGUGA